AUGAGUGGACAAGGAGCACGAUAUCUUGGUGAACUUUUGGAAACAAAUACGACACUCGAAACACUGAGUCUCAACGUAAACGAAAUCGGCGAGGAAGGAGGACAAUAUCUCGCUCAGGCAUUGGAACAUAAUAAUACACUUACUACGUUGCGUCUCGAUUCGGGUAGAAUCGGAGAUCAAGGAGCAAAAUAUUUCGCAGAAGCUUUGAAAAAGAACCAGAAACUCGAAUUACUGAAUCUUCAAGCCAACAUGAUCAAUGAUCAAGGAGUACAAUAUCUCACUGAUGCUUUGAAAAAUAAUAGCACCCUAACGUCUCUGUAUCUACAUUACAAUGAGAUCAGUGAAGAAGGCGCAAAAUAUCUCUCUCAACUUUUGGAAAAAAAUGCAACACUCGUCGAACUAAAUCUGUGUGGAAAUAGCAUUGGAGAUCAGGGAGCACAGUAUCUCGCUCAGGGAUUGGCAAAAAAUGAGACCCUUACCACAAUAGAUCUUGGCUCCAAUGGAAUUGGUGAUGAAGGAGCAAAACAUAUAGCUAAAGGUUUGCAAAACAACAAGACACUCGUGACUAUGAAACUGUAUAGCAAUGCAAUCAGUGCACAAGCAAUUGAAGAAACGAAGAAAAUCCUGAAAACUAAUGAAAACCUAACCGUGGAUUGGUGA